AUGUAUAUCCCUGAAUAUUGCCGGGCCUUAGAGGAAAAUGAAAUAUCUGAGCACUGUUUUGAUUUGAUUUUUGCUUUUGAUGAAAUUGUUGCCCUGGGAUAUCGGGAGAAUGUUAACCUGGCACAGAUCAGAACCUUCACAGAAAUGGACUCUCAUGAGGAGAAAGUAUUCAGAGCAGUCAGAGAGACUCAAGAACGUGAAGCUAAGGCUGAGAUGCGGCGUAAAGCAAAGGAAUUACAACAGGCCCGAAGAGAUGCAGAGAGACAGGGCAAAAAAGCACCAGGAUUUGGGGGAUUUGGUAGUUCUGCAGUGUCUGGAGGCAGCACAGCAGCCAUGAUCACAGAGACUAUCAUUGAAACUGAUAAACCAAAAGUGGCACCUGCACCAGCCAGACCUUCAGGUCCCAGCAAGGCUUUGAAACUUGGAGCUAAAGGCAAGGAAGUAGAUAACUUUGUGGACAAAUUGAAAUCGGAAGGUGAAACUAUUAUGUCUUCUAAUAUGGGGAAACGUACCUCAGAAGCAACCAAAGUGCAUGCUCCACCCAUUAAUAUGGAAAGUGUGCAUAUGAAGAUCGAAGAAAAGAUCACACUAACCUGUGGGAGAGAUGGAGGGUUACAGAAUAUGGAGUUGCAUGGCAUGAUCAUGCUUAGGAUCUCAGAUGACAAAUUUGCCCGGAUUCGUCUUCAUGUAGAAAAUGAAGAUAAGAAAGGGGUACAGCUACAGACCCAUCCAAAUGUGGAUAAAAAACUUUUUACUGCAGAGUCUCUCAUUGGCUUGAAAAACCCAGAGAAGUCAUUUCCAGUCAACAGUGAUGUAGGGGUACUAAAAUGGAGACUACAGACAACAGAGGAAUCUUUCAUUCCUUUGACAAUUAAUUGCUGGCCCUCGGAAAGUGGAAACGGCUGUGAUGUCAACAUAGAAUAUGAACUACAGGAAGAUAAUUUGGAGCUCAAUGAUGUGGUCAUCACCAUCCCCCUCCCAUCAGGUGUUGGUGCACCUGUGAUUGGUGAGAUCGAUGGGGAAUAUCGGCAUGACAGUCGGCGAAAUACUUUGGAGUGGUGCCUGCCAGUGAUUGAUGCCAAAAAUAAGAGUGGCAGCCUGGAGUUCAGCAUCCCUGGGCAGCCCAAUGACUUCUUCCCUGUUCAAGUUUCCUUCAUCUCCAAGAAAAAUUACUGCAACAUACAGGUUACCAAAGUGACCCAGGUAGAUGGAAACAGCCCUGUCAGGUUUUCCACGGAGACCACUUUCUUAGUGGACAAAUAUGAAAUCCUGUAAUACCAAGAAGGGAAGCCGAAAAGGAAGGAUUUCAGAUUAAUAAAGAAGAAGCCAAAAGUGGCUGAAGAGAUUUUCCAAAUUUACAAGCCAUUGGAGACCCCUCCUUUUUUUUUUUUUUUUUCCUGAUACAGUGCACAUUCUCUGCGUGCAAGGACCCUCAGCUCACCCCCAGUGUUGCGGUGUCACAGAGACAUUUUUUGACAAAGAAAGGACACUGACAUAAAGGGAAAGGCUGCUGAUUUCUUUGGCAGAUUUUACUGGCCAACAGGAAGCAAGCUGUCCAGGGAAUGCCCCAGUAAACAGCUCUUCUGCCUUUACCUAAGGCUCCUUUUAUUUUAAGCCCUAAUUAUAGUUACAUUUCAUUCUUUGUUUUAAAAAAAAUUUCCUCUAUAGAUAUGAACCUUUGACACCCCUUUCCUUUCAGUCUUUCCUUCAGUACACUCAGUCACGCCCUGGGAUCAUCUGUUUGUAGGAAUUGUGUUCAGCACUCCUAGAACAAGGUUAUCGAACCCAUCUUGACUUUAGACAGUACCAGUGAACUGCUUAAGGGAUGCGCAGUGUACAAGUUGAAAUACAAGGAUUUCUUGUGUCCUCUCCUAUAUCCAUCGAUUGCUCCAUUUCUUGUAAGCCCUGCCCUUCCCAUUGUGGGCAGUGCUGUGAAUCCCACUGGUGUCAAUAUUAAAGGUAGCUGAAAAGCAGCUUUCAGAUACACAGUUUUUCUAGAUGCCUAAUAAGAUGGCUACAUCUAAUUCCGCAUAUAAUCAUGUCUGCUGCUAGAGCUGCCCAAACUCAGUUCUCCAAUUGAAUUGAAGCAUAGUCACUCAAGGUAUCAUAGUCCUUAGAUUCCUCAUGUCCACCUCCACCCUCCCAUUUCCAAAAUGCUCUUCCCUCCAUCAGUCUUUGUUCCAGCAGAAACGGGGCUAGUGAGUCUGUCAUUUCCCAUUAGCCCUAAACCACUGAAGAGACCCCAUGUUCACCAUUUGAGUGGUAGCAUUUUGAGAGGCAGGUGAUUAUAUUGGUCUGUAUCAAGGGGUUACUCAAAUAUACUCCAUCUAACCUGACAUUUACCACCUGCCUAUCUGUCCUUGUUUCUGAAAACCUUUUUUAUCCUCAGCCUUUUUGGUGUCAUCAUGUAGUAAUUGUUUUUAAGCUCCAUUUGAUCUAUUACCUUUUUGAUGGAGGCUGAAUCAUAGGCCAAGCAUAGCACUGAGCGGAAUGGAUGAUCAGUUGCUGCAAGGCUGCAGGCAGUAGCAGUGGGAAGCAGUAAAUGACAGUAGAUGACCUCCACACUCCCAGGUGGCUUGACAGCAGAGCUCUCCCUCUGAACACCUGGACCUCCCUGGCAAGAGUAUACUAUCCAUAAAGCAGAGCAGUCACGAAAAAAGGCCCUGGCUGGGAUGGCUUGCCAAAGAAAUUUCUAGCCUUUCCCUUUCUCUAAACUGCAUCAGGGAAGAAUCCUUAUCUCUAGCUUGCUUUUCAUGUGAGGUUUUCUGAGGAAAGGGACUGGGAUAAGAAGUCUGUCAUGUAGUUAAGUAGACAAGAAAUCUUAUUAAUCUAGUUGUAUUUCAGAGUUGUUUGUCCCUAAGAUUUUUAAAGUCAAGUUUAAUUUCACAAAGACUUUUUUUCUGAAAUUACUUUUGGGGUAAUAUUUAAAAUGAGAGGCAUUUUGUAACCCUGUAAAAUACAUAGGGAAUAUAACAUUCCAAUGUACACAACGAAGGCAAAUUCUUUAAUCAAAUAAAAGAGUAUUAUAAAAUAA